AUGCCCCCCCUCCCGCACCACCACCAACAAGACCUCCACAACAACAGCGACAGCAACAACCUCACAAAACGCCUCUCCCCUAUCCCCCUCGGCCCAACCUACAGCACCAUCUCCAUCCCGGCCUCCUACGGCCGUCUCAACAGCUCCCCGUCACCGGGAACAGUCGCCGGAAUCAUCCUGGGCAGCGUCUUCGGCUUCAUCUUCCUCCUCUACCUGCUGUGGCUGGGGCUGAGCUCGGGGCGCCGCUUCGGCAGCGAAACGCAGACGGAGAUGGCGUCGGCGAGUAGCGCGGGCGGAAUGCGGCGGAGACGGGGGCGACGCAUUGUGGUUGAGGAAGAGAGGCCGGUGAGUGCUGGUGCACAUGGGCAUGCGGAGCAUAUUGUGGUGGAGGAAAGUGUGACCAGUGCGCCGAGUCGGUCGGAGGGCGAUGUCAUUGAGGUGUUUGAGGAGGCUAGUAGUGUUGAUCGGCCGCCGAGACGGGGGAGGAAUGGUGGUGGGUGGAGGAGGGGGGAUUUGGAGGGGAGUGAGUUUAGUUCGAGGGUUUGA